CCUCAAAAAUUAAACCUUGCGUUGGUGGCAAUUACUCGCUUCUGUCAAUUGUCACCUUCUGGGUUCUCCAUUGUUGGUUUUGCGGAGGAGGAUGAGUUCAGCACAUGCUCCUCAAGAUUUUGAUCAUAGCCUAGAUGAUGUGGAGGCGGGGAAAGAAAGCGUGAACCUUGAUAAGUUCUUCGAGGAAGUGGAGGAGGUGAAAGAGGACAUGAGGAGCGUGGAGAUGCUGUACAGAAAGCUGCAAGAGGCGAACGAGGAGAGCAAAACGGCGCACACGGCCAAGGCGAUGAAGGAGGUUCGGGCGCGAAUGGAUAAGGACGUGGCGCUGGUGCUGAAGCGCGUGAAGGUGAUAAAGGGGAAGCUGGAGGCGCUGGAGCGGUCGAACGCGGCGAACCGGAGCUUGCCGGGGUGCGGGCCGGGGUCGUCGGCGGACCGGACGAGGACGUCGGUGGUGAGCGGGUUGGGGAAGAAGCUGAAGGACAUGAUGGACGAUUUCCAGGGGCUUCGGGCGCGCAUACAGAUGGAGUACAAGGAGACGGUGGAAAGGAGGUACUUCACGAUCACGGGGGAGAAGGCGGAGGAGGAAACGAUCGAGAAUUUGAUAUCAAGUGGGGAGAGCGAAAGCUUUCUGCAGAGGGCGAUUCAGGAGCAGGGGAGGGGUCAGAUAAUGGACACGAUAUCGGAGAUUCAGGAGCGGCACGACGCCGUUAAGGAGAUUGAGAAGAACUUGAUGGAACUGCACCAGGUUUUUCUGGACAUGGCGGCGAUGGUGGAGGCGCAGGGGCAGCAGCUGAACAACAUCGAGAGCCACGUGGCGCAUGCGAGUUCGUUUGUGCGACGGGGCACCGAGCAGCUUCAGGAUGCGAAAGAGAUUCAGAAGAGUUCGAGGAAGUGGACCUGUUAUGCCAUCAUUCUCGGCGCUGUUCUCAUUGUUUUGCUUCUCUUCCCUCUCCUCACCUCGCUCUUGCCUCAUCUCUUGAGGUGAACCACGACACCUCCAUACAACACAACAUGCUUUU